AUGGGGGAAAUUACAUUUUCAUCAAUAUCAACAUUGGAACUUCACUACAAUGGUGAAUAUUUAGCAGUAGGUUACGAAAAUGGCUCAAUAGCAGUUUUAAAGAUAUUACAACCCUCAUCAUAUACAUUAAAUAAUAAUAACAAUAGCAAUAAUAAUAAUAAAAGUAUAUAUAAUAGAAACAGUCAAAAAAGGAGCAAUGGUUUUAAUAAAACAAUUGGAAAUAAGAGGAAGAAUAUUGAUGAAGAUAAUAUCAAUGAUGAAUUUGAAUAUGACGAGAGUCAGUUUAAAAUGGAAAUAGAGGAUAUUGAUGAAUCAAUAAAUGAUAAUAAUAAUAAUAAUAAUAAUAAUAGCAAUAACAAUAAUAAUAUAUAUAAUAAUGAAAUAAUUAAAAUAAAUAUUGAUAAUAACAAUUCAUAUAAAGUACUAUGUUACUAUCAAGGCCAUGAUACAGAGGUUAUACAAAUAAGAUGGUGCAAAAACCAUAGCUCAGCUCUUUUAUUUAUUUCAACAAGUGUUAGCUCAACAAAGCUAUGGAGAUUGCAACUAUUACAAAAUUAUCAAUUAAACCCAUUCAUAAUGAAGCCUAAUCUAUUAUCAAGUUUCAAGUCAUCCAAUAGCAGUAAUGGAGUUCACAAUAUAGUUAAUAAUAGUAAUAAUGGUAACAGCGGCGGCAGUUACAUAGGGAAUAAUGUAAAUAAAAUAAAUAUAAACAAUAAUAGUGAUAGUUAUAGCCAAUUUAGAAUAAAGUUUGAUUUAAAACGGUCAUUCGAACACGAAGAAAUUUUUAAUAUAAACUCGAUUAGUUUAAAUAGUGACGGCAACACGUUCCUAUCAUCUGAUGAAUUAAGAGUGUAUCUUUGGGAUUUAAAUCAAAAUCAAGAAUGUUAUAAUAUAAUCGACUUAAAACCAAAUAAUAUGCAAUUGUUAAACGAGGUAAUUAGAGUUACAAAAUUUCAUCCAGUAUCUUGCAAUCUUUUAAUGUAUGGAACAAGUAAAGGGUCACUAAAAUUGUGCGAUAUGAGAGAGUCUGCUCUGAUCAACACCCAUUCAAAAGUAUACGAAAGACAAGCACUCUACGAUGAUGACAAUGCAUUUUCAGAUUAUUUAAAUUCAAUUUUUGAUAUGUCGUUCUCAUUGGAUGGUCGGUAUAUCGUAUCAAGAAAUUUACAAACUCUAACGAUUUGGGACAUGAAUAUGGAUAGCAAGCCUUUAGCAAACUAUAACCUUUAUAAUCAAAAUUUAUUAAACCAAAAGCUUUACGACAUGCACGAAUCAUCAUCAUUUGUAGAUAAAUUUCAAUGUAGUUUUAUUAAUCAAAAUCAAGUUAUAACAGGAUCAUAUGAUAAUAAAUGUUUAAUUUGGAACCCGUUUAGUUCUGAAAGUUUUAUAAUGGAAUCAAAUUUAGUAAAACCAGAACCAUCAGAAUAUAUAGCAUUAAAAAGUAGAAUCGAUGAUUACUUUGAACAACAGCAACAACAACAACAACAUCGAUCUUUAAGUAGAGACCAGGUGAUGAGUUUUUUCAAUAAAAUUUAUUACCAAUCAAAUUUCUAUAAUAUACAAUUAUCAAAACUUUCAAAUAUUUUCAAUAAUAAUAAUAAUAAUAAUAAUAAUACAAAUAAUAAUGAUAAAAAUACAGAAAGUAAAUUAACUAUAAACAAUUAUUCGAAUAGGAUAAACUCAAUUUCAACAUCAUAUAGUGAUAAUAAUACUAUAUCUUUAGCAAUUAGUUCCUCAUAUAAUUUAUUUUUAUAUAAAUAA